GUCUUAACUUGAUUUGUGAAGAUAAAUUCCAUAAUUUGUCAGCAUGAAACAGCUAUAAAACUCUUUACUUGGACCAAAGCAAGUUGUUGCAGCAGAAACGAAAAAAAAAUGCCUGAAGCUCUUCAACUACCCAUCGUUGACUUGUCCUCACCAGAUAGCCUCUCCAUCGCCAACUCUAUCCGUCAGGCGUGCAUUGAACAUGGUUUCUUUUACCUCGUGAAUCAUGGGGUGGAGGAAGAAUUGCUUAAGAAAGUUUUUGAGCAAAGUUCCAAGUUUUUUUCACUCCCAAUUGAAGAAAAGAUGAAACUUUCUGUAAAGAAUUACAGAGGUUAUACAGCACUGUAUGCUCAAAAGCUUGAUUCUUCUUCAAAUGCCAAAGGUGACACUAACGAAGGUUUCUAUGUUGGUCCACUAGCCGAUCACCUCAACCAAUGGCCUUUAGAAGAAGAUCUGCCAUCUUGGAGAAGCACAAUGGAGACUUAUCAUAAAAAAGUGCUGUCUGCUGGGACUAAAUUAAUUUCCUUAAUUGCCCUGGCUUUGAAAUUGGAUGAAGAUUUCUUUGAAAAAAGGGGUGCACUGAAUGAACCAUAUGCGUUUAUCCGCCUAUUACACUAUCCAGGGGACUUGGAGUCUUCUGGUGAAGAAAUUUAUGGUGCUUCUGCUCAUUCAGAUUUUGGAAUGAUGACUCUUCUAGUGACUGAUGGUGUUCCAGGGCUUCAGGUUUGUAGGGAGAAAUCCAAGCAACCGCAGGUUUGGGAGGAUGUGCCAAGCAUGAUUAGCGAUGGCAGAUUGUUCAUGGCAUUCAUUGUUAACAUUGGGGACAUGAUGGAGAGGUGGACAAAUUGUUUGUUCCGGUCAACACUGCACAGGGUGCUGCCACCAGGACAAGAACGCUACUCUGUUGCAUUUUUCAUGAAUCCCAACAAAGACAUUAUAGUGGAAUGCUUGGAAAGCUGUUGCAGUGAGUCUUCUCCCCCAAGAUUUCCACCCAUCCGUUUGUUGGACUACCUGGAAGAGCGUCUUAGUCUUGCAUAUCGCUUGUAGUUGAAGUCAUGCCUCAUUUUCACGGAUUGUAUGCUACAUCUGGUUGUGCCAAGCUCUCUGCUGUUAAACAAAUUGCUAACAUUGCAAUCAAUACUUCACAGCUAAAGAGAGGCUUAGAGCCCUCAGAUACUAUAAUAAUCAGUCUUAUGAAAUAAAAAAAGAAAUGGAAGAAACGGAAAUAGAAUAUCUAGUUUGCUUGUGCUAUGAAUUCUUCGCUAUAAUUUGCAACUAUUUUUAAGAGGUAUUUUCAAAAAAUAAGAUAAAUUCAUUGUAUUGAUAUGAAAUAAUAUUUUUUUUAAUUAUUAAAAAAAAAAGAAUUAAUUAUCGUUAAACAA